GGCCCGGCAGGGGCAGCCGGGCGGAGUGGGGGCGGGGAGAUAAGCAGCCGCCAGCGUCCUUCUUACUUCCCUUAAGCCCCGCGGCUGACCUGACCCCAGCCCUGCUGUUCCCUGGGCGCGGGUGGCACUAAGCUGAUUUUCUGGAUCCUCCUCAGGGCUGGAUGUGAGCGCCCGCAUGGCUGCCAAGAAUGGGGGCGAACCCAGGAAGGCAGAGGCCAGCCAGGGCGGGGGGGCGGAGGAGGCUCCCCCAGGGGAGGCCACCAGAGCCAAGGAGGGGGGGAUCCCCAGAGAGCAGAGCAGAAGGAGAAGCAAGAGAGAAAAGGGGCGCAGAGAGUCCCAGAAAGGCAGGCACGGAGACUCCGGGGAGAAGCCCGCUCUCGGGGGCCACGAAGCCCACAAGAACGGGGGGGCCUCCGCUGAGGGGGAGGCCGGGCCCGGCGAAGGCUCCCAGGCUGCCCUGGCUCCCGGCCCCCGAAGGCUGUCCCAUCGGCACCGGGGCGACUCUCAGCACGACCCUGCCCACAAGGCUUACUGGCCCCUGCUGAACAGUGUCUUUGGCAAGGUGAGGGCCCGGGCCCUGGGAUUGUGGGGGUGGGACUAACUGGGGCCCCCCGCCACACCCAUACCCUUUGCCCUGACCCCCCCAUCGCAGGUCUCUGGAAGGGACGAGGGCCCGGGACUGGGGAGGAGGAGAAGGCUGGGCGCAUGGCGCCGCGGACCCUUGGGUUCUGACCUGGGCCAAUGUGACGU